AUGGACACCAGGACUCAUCCUUCGCCGACGCGGCAAAGUGCUCCACGAGAUUCCAGUUGGCAUAACCAAGUACACAAGAAGUCUACUGAGCUGCUCAUCCGUAAACUGCCCUUCGAACGCCUGGUGAAGGGACUCGCUCAAGACUUCAAGGCCGACCUCAGGCUCCAGAGCUUGGGUGUCUCCUCCCUACAGGAAGCCAGCAAGGCAUACUUGGUUGGUCUGUUCGAGAACACUAACCUGUAUGCUAUUCAUGCUGAACAGGUCACGACCAUGCCCAAGGACAUACAGUUUGCACGCCGCAUCCGUAGUGAGCGGGCUUAA